AUGGACCUCGUCCAGAAAUACGGCCACCUCAAGCGCGACCGCCGCAAGAGCUCCGCGCAGCGCGAACUGGCCGAGGCGGAGAGACACCAGGAUCAGCAGCGAAUCAACGAGCUGUUGGGCAGUUUCGGGGGCGCGGCGAACGAUCACCCGGAUCGGCGAUCGAGCGGGGCGGGGAAUAUGGCGAGUAUGAUUCAGGAGUUUAAUGCGCGGUAUGGUUGA